GCUUGUACACCUGCUGCUGUGCCUCGUCAUAUUCUACUCUCUCUACUACAUGAUUGGGAGUGUGUGUUUCGGCGCGUUCAGGUUGGAUCACUUUGAUGGACUUAUUCCCUUUGACUUUAAGACUGAACCAACCAAUUUGGAGUCCAACUCCAAAUACCUGGUGAACCUGCUGUCCAUGGAGUUGACCUAUUUCUGCAGUGGUCUGCUGUUUGCAGCCGUUGUGAGGAGAUGGGUCUGGGACUACGCUCUCACAGUCACACUACUGCACGUACUGCUCACCAGCCUGGUGAUGUUGGAGUUUCCCUUGGUAUGGCAGUGGUGGCUGGCCCUUGGCAGCGGGUUGUUUCUGAUGAUCUGUAACGGUCAGCUGAUAGCUUACUUCACCUGCCAGAGUGACCAGAGUUACCCCACCUUCAACAGCUACUGAGUACACACACACUGACUAGAGUUCUUUGCAGUGAGUCCGGUGGAAAUGGAGGGAAACCAAAUGUUCCUGUUGACUUGGUUACCUGUUUGAUUGUUGCACUUUGUUUCUGUUGGACCGGCU